AGAUAUAUACUAUAAAAAUAAUUACAUAAGUGAUAAAGUUGUAUACCUGAGGUCUGAUAAUGAAAAUCUUCGUCAUGAAAGUUCCUCACAUUUGGAAAUGCCAGGGAAAAAGUAGUAUGUGAACAUACUUGUUCAUGGAGGGAUGAAAGGGAGGCAUGGGAUGAAAAUACUCAAGGUGAAGUAAUCAAUGACAGUGGAUAUAUAAAGGAAGUAUUUUCAGUAUACUUAGAAGUAUGCAUACCCCAGUGCAAGAGAGAGGUGAAGCCUUACACAGUUUCAAGUCACUCGUGUUCCAAAGGCUUUUGUUUUGUGAAGAUGAUUAAAUGUGUUGAUGUGUUGGAAGAUGGAGAAAAGAGCAUGGAGGUCCUAGCUACCGUAAGAAAUGAACCAGAGCACACAUAUUCCCCCUGAGUUUUAGACAGAGAGGGAAGAAUGUUUAUGUUAAAUAACAAUACUGAUGCAAGAGAGAAUGUGUACAAACAGUUUAUUAAUAUAUUUGGGCAGAAAAUUAUUAACUUCAUAUCUGGAGCCCUUUCUCAUUGGGUUUAACAAGGAUGAUGUCAGCUUGACCAGUUUGAGAGACCUGGAGGUUGAAUCCAUUCAGCUACUGCUGACCAGAGUUAUCAUCUCCCUCUCUGUAGUCCUUAAUUAGAUAAUUUGUUGGCUCAGCUUUGCUCAGUACCAUAACAGAAGAAUAUUUCUCUUCUGUUAAAAGAACAGUAAAACCUUGCUAGGUGAUUGUUCUAGGGAGUCAUUCAGGCGUUUAUGUUCCAAAAUCUUUUGUAUCAAAGCCUUUUGGUAAAGGGAGUUGAGAUUGUUUAGAAGUGCUCCUUGUACUGCUCCUUGUAUAAUUUUUUAGUGAGACUGUGAAUACCAGCUGCAUUGAGUAAUCAGUACUGAGAAACACUCAGCAAUUUCAGGUAAUGAAGCUUGGCAGCAGCAAGUCUCUGUAAGCACAAUUCCACUCCACGUGUGCAGUGAGUUUCCAGAAGACAGGGAAUCUUCAGGCAUGCUUUGUGCUGGCGUAGGUACCUUAGAUGUGAUGUUAGUCAUGUAGAUGCUUUCAGAGGAGCUCCCUGAUGGCUAUGUUCUGAGAUAAGCCAGAGUGGUAUUAUAGGGGAGAAAAGCUAAAGCUUUGUAGUGUGGAGCUUCCUUGUUAACAUGAAGAGCAUUAAACUGAAAUUGUGAUGAGACCUGACAUCACAAGCAAUGCCAAAGAUUGCAUUAAAUACUCAUGAGUGCAGGGCAAGGCAAUGGACAGUUUUGCCUGGUUCUUUUCCUAGAAGUACUCCUGUGAGCAUUAUUCAGUACAACUGACUGUUUCUCCUUCUAACAGUUUUUAUUUGAGACAGCUCUUUAAAUAAUGCAGGUCAGAUAUUCUUACCCUGAAGUUUAUUGGGUAAGAUGUUUUGUGCUGUUUGUUCUCAGGUCAGUUUCCUGAAGAAACUGGAAAGCUUUGCUCUGGAUUUCACACCUGCUCAGAAAUUUGCUUGGCCACCUUCACAUUGGACACUUCUCUCUCCAUGGGACGUGCCAUAAGAGAUCCUAAGUCCAAAGGAGUGCUGGGUCCCAUCAGAAAUCGUGAUUGCAUUAUGUGAUGUGGGCUCAUGUCCAUCACACCUACACUGGCUACAGUAAACAUCAGGCCACUGGGUGCCCCUGCUCUGACUGCCUGGCUGCCACGCAGGUCUGAGGCUCCCUGAGGAUUAUUUCCCUGCUCUGCAGGGGAGCCUGCACAGACACAGCCAUGCAAAUUCACCAGGCUGAAUCAUGUGGCCUCUAUGAAUCCUCUAUAGGAUUGUCUCUGCUCCAAGCAGUAGGUGUCAGUGUGCAUCUGUCAUAAAGGAGGUGCAAGUGAAAAACAUUAGGAACCCUGAAUAAAGUUGCUUUUAGUGGGGUUACUUUUCUGUGUAGUAACAAAGUAGUGUAAAAAAUAAUUUACCAUCUUUAAAGGAAGCAUAAUUUGAUCUGAGCCUGUGAAAGUGUGAAGGUGCUGAAAAAAUAAUGAAAGUGUGUCCUCUGUGUGAUAGGACAUGCCAGUAACUAUGAGCACAGCCCUUUUGAUUUUAAACUCAUUAUUUUCAUAUUUUGUAUGUCAUCACAACACUCCUCUUUGGUGAAAGUGUGUCAAAUGAAGUAGUUGUCCUAAAAUGGAUCCCACGUGAGUUUGCAGUAUUGCAUGUCACAGUGUGGAGAGUGGAUAGCAUUUAGACCAUAUAAAUACCUAUGAAUAGGAACUUUCUAGAUCAGAGAUUGAAAUACUACAUUCAGGAGGACUUCAGGAAUUUCCCAUCUGUAAUGUCAAAGCCAUUUAAACAUCCUCAACUUUGAUGAAAUAGCAAAAAGUUUUUGCAUCUGUUGAGGCUUUCUUACUGUUGUGCUUGGCUUUUAAAAAAGCAAAAACAAGAAUAAAAGGCACCUUUCCUUCCUGAAUAAAGCAGAUGGACUGUAAAUACAUCUCAGUCAGGUGACUUUAGUACCAGGCUGCAAGUGUAGCUUAUGAAUUAGGCCAUUAGCUAUUGUCAAGAAUUAAUUAAAUUACUUCAUAAAUGAAAACCCAAUCUAGGAAAACACUAUGCCAGUGUGUUGGUUUCCUAGUUUGCUCUGUUUGAUGUGGUUUUUUUUUUUCCUCUUUAUGUCUAGAUGCUAAGAUACUUUGCUCAAUAGUGGCUUGAAUGAAAGAAAUCAGGAGAAGCGGCAUUGAUAUCCAACAUCUGCUAUCACAAGAUGCCCAACGCAGACCAGACAAGUGCCCACGUAUCACAAGUCAGUAGCAAUGUUCCUGCUACAGGAGAGUAUUUAGAGAAGACAAUCCGCUCAGCUGUGGAGCAGCAUCUCUUUGAUGUUCAUGGCUCAGGUGGCCAGAGUUCAGAGGACUCUGAAUCCGGGACAUCUUCAGCCUCUUCUAAUGUGUCUGCCAGGCAGAGGAGGCGACACCACAAAGAGCAGGAGGAAGCCCGGAGAAACAGAGACAUGGAAGUUGUCAACAAGGAAAACAUUCCCUCUGGAUUCAGCAGUCUUGAAGAUUGUAUUCUAGCUGCUCAAGAUGUAGAAAAAUUACAAGACACCAGCUCUGGAUACCUUAGUGAAAGGAAUAAAUCAAAACGGCAGAAAUCUAGCACCAAGCUCUCAGAGCUUAAUGACAACCAGGACAGUCCUGUGAGUAUGGAAAACUUUAGCUCAUCCAAGCCUAUAGACAGAACAGGACCUGAUGACAUGGAAAUUUUAUCUGAAGAAAGCAAAGAAAGUGAAAACGAUGAGGUUUUUUUCAGACGUUCUCAGCUGACUUCAAGUAUGAAGAUUCAAGAACAUCCAAACAUGCCUGAAAACAAGUUACAAAGAAAUCAAGAUGCUGAUGAUCAGGAAAACAGCUUUGUAUCUGAAGUGCCUCGGCUGGAUUUAACAUCGCUGUGUGAUGACAGCAACUGGGAAGAGCCCAUCCCUGCUCUCUCCUCAUGGCAGCGAGACGGCUUAGACUCAGAUGAGGCUCGCCUUUCCCCGCAGGCCGGGCGCUUGAUUCGCCAGCUUCUGGAUGAGGACAGCGAUCCUAUGCUGUCCCCUCGCUUCUAUGCCUACGGACAGAGCCAGCAGUACCUGGAUGAUACAGAAGUGCCUCCUUCUCCUCCCAAUUCUCAUUCCUUCAUGAGGAGACGGAGUUCAUCUUUAGGAUCUUAUGAAGACGACAGAGAAGACCUUACCCCUGCACAACUCACCCGGAGGAUUCAGGGGCUCAAGAAAAAGAUCAGAAAAUUUGAGGACAAAUUUGAAGAGGAGAGGAAAUACAGACCUUCCCACAGUGACAAAGCAGCCAACCCUGAAGUGCUCAAAUGGACAAAUGAUUUGGCCAAAUUCCGAAAGCAACUUAAAGAGUCAAAACUGAAGAUAUCAGAGGAAGACCUUGGCCCUGUUGUGCGUCAGCGCAGCAACACACUCCCCAAGAGCUUCGGGUCUCAGCUGGAGAAGGAGGAUGACAAGAAGCAAGACCUGUCAGAUAAAUCUGCCAAGCCUGCCGUGGAAGUGACCCUUGACUCCAUCCAGAAGAAGCUUCAAGAGAAACGAGCAGAGACAAAUCGACCUGAAGACAUUAAGGACAUGACACGAGAUCAGAUAGCAGCUGAAAAAGUGGCUCUUCAAAAAGCUUUGCUGUAUUAUGAAGGCAUUCAUGGCAGACCGGUUACCAAAAAUGAACGGCAGGUGAUGAAGCCGUUGUAUGACAGGUAUCGCUUGGUCAAACAGAUCCUCUCCAGAGCCAACACCAUCCCUAUUAUUGGUUCCCCCUCCAGCAAGCGGAGAAGCCCUUUGCUGCAGCCAAUUAUCGAGGGCGAAACAGCUUCCUUCUUCAAGGAGAUAAAGGAAGAAGAGGAGGGGUCUGAGGAGGACAGCAAUGUGAAGCCGGAUCUCACAAUUACCAUAAAAACAGAUUUCAGUGUGCGCAGCUUCUUGGAUCAACUAGAAGAUGAUGCUGGCUUUGUUUCCCCAGUGGAUGAUAAGAUGCCAUCUAGGAGCAGUCAGGAUAUGGGGCUUUCAAAUCUCCAUGAAGCAUCCAUCCCUGAACUGUUAGAGCAGCUCCAAGAAGUCAGGGAAGAGAAAAAGAGAAUCAGAAAAAAACUGAGAGACUUUGAAGAUAACUUUUUCCGACAAAAUGGAAGGAAUGUGCAGAAAGAAGACCGCACUCCCAUGGCUGAAGAGUACAAUGAAUACAAGCAGGUUAAGGCCAAGCUGAGGCUACUGGAAGUCCUGAUCAGUAAGAGAGAUAUUAGCUCCAAGAUCAUGUAAAGGAGGAGAUUGUUUUUGCCAAUAAACAAAGAGGAGAGAGCACCAAAUGGACAAAUGCAUGAAGUGGAUGCAGCGGGGGCCUGACUGGGAGAGCUGAGGAGCUCCCUGGGAACUGAAGGGUCAUUCCCAGAGGUGGGAGAGGGAGGAAAGGUGGAUUUCUGUCACUCUCUACAUUUGCUGUUGCCCACUGUUUCUCCAGGCUUGAUGUCCAAAAUGGAGUUUGCCAGUGUAGGGGAGACAACGCUGCACUCAGUGACUGCACUGAAGGGAUCCUUCUGUACUGAUUUGCUUACAGAUCCUGUAAUAUUUAGAAUAUCUAAGCCAGCCAUGCUGUUUUUUUGUUUUCUUUUUCCACAGGAUAUUAUAGCAAGAGGCAAAUUAGGAUUAAUAGUAAUGAAAUCAUCAAAUAGCUUCUACUUCAGUUGAACAGACAAGUGCUGUGACCAAUCUCAUAUUAAGGCACAGGUCAGGCAGCACCAAGACUGUUCUCUUGUAGCUACAGUAAAGAUUUGCUCAGACUUUUGA